AAUGAAUUACGUUUCUAGAGUAUUGGAAAAAUAAGUUAAGCUGUAAUGGAAUUACUUUAAUCUGAACGCGAAAAGCUCACAUAAGGUUGUUUCUUUGACAUUUUUAGGCCUUGAAUUUCUCACAUGUGAAUCAGCUUUUCUUGGUUAAAAAAAUACAAAAGUUUUUAAAAUUUAAGUGAUCAAAAAAUAGACAAUUGAGGGGAGAGGUGUAUAUGGCUGUCUUGUCCAGUAUUGUAGCCACUAGUCAAUUGUAGAGUGAUCAUUGGAAAUUCCAUAGCAUGAAUUUUAUAUAAAAUACACAUUGCAUUUGGAAAAGUUAGUGCCAAAAAGUGUAAAAUACCUAACAAUUUUAAUUUUGAUAACAUACUGAAAUAUGUUGGCUAUUUUUGAUUAAGCAAAAUAUUAAAAGUUAAUUUUUUCUUGCUUUGUUAUAAUGUUGCUCCUAAAUGUAAAUUACUUAUAUUGCUCUCAUUUAUUUCCACUGGAAAUCACUGGUAUAGUGAACAACUCUAAAGCGAAAAUAGAAAAUAAAAUAUGGAGGCCAUGAACUGCUAAGACUGUCAGAGGAAUUGGUGGACAACAAAAAUUUGAGUCCUUGGCCAAUCCGCUUACUGUUGGGUAGGCCUUCAGCAUACUUUUUGUCCAAUCAGCUUUAGACUCUCACUAUAAAUAAGCGGCUAGCUUUCUCUUUGUCCUUAACCGAAUCUAGUUCUGAAAGAAUGGCGCGUACAAAGCAGACUGCUCGUAAGUCCACCGGCGGCAAGGCUCCGCGCAAGCAGCUGGCUACGAAGGCGGCUCGGAAGAGCGCUCCGGCCACUGGCGGCGUCAAGAAGCCCCAUCGCUACCGGCCUGGUACAGUGGCUCUCCGCGAGAUCCGCCGCUACCAGAAGUCCACCGAGCUGCUGAUCAGAAAGUUGCCUUUUCAGCGUCUGGUGCGAGAGAUCGCGCAGGACUUUAAGACCGACCUGCGCUUUCAGAGCUCGGCGGUGAUGGCGCUGCAAGAGGCAUGCGAGGCCUACCUGGUGGGGCUCUUUGAGGACACCAACCUGUGCGCCAUCCACGCCAAGAGGGUGACUAUCAUGCCCAAGGAUAUCCAGCUCGCACGUCGUAUCCGCGGCGAGAGGGCUUGAGUCUCAAGGACUCAGAUUACCCAAAGGCUCUUUUCAGAGCCACCCACUUGCGCGCUGAAAAGAUCUGUUUCUCUGAGGAAUUCUUCCUGGUACUUGUUUCGCCUAUAGCAGAUAGGGUCCAUUUCCAGACGUUAUACAAUCUGUUUUGUAAGGCUCAGCCUAUCCCUGUUAAAAUGUUAGUUUUGUAAAUCUUAACAUUUAAUAAUCUGGGAGCUUUCCGCAAGCAUUGGGUGUAGCCAAAAGUUUCUUUGUGUGUUACCCGCCCAUCUCCGCAGCCCGGUUUUGACCGUAUGGUGGUUCUAAUUUUCUGCCAACCUAUACUGUAGUGUGUGUAUAUUCCUUGCCAACACGCCAAGAAUAAAACUAAGGUUGAAUUGAAGUUGGAAAAAUUCAGGGUAAUGUAGCUCAUGCUGGCUAAAGGGAAAACAUUCCCCUCUCCCGCCCCCCGUUUCCUAAGCAGUGUUGUUUUUGAAAUUUUCAAGUCGAAUUUUGGGCCUGCUUAAAUCUCUUAAGUGUAGUUAAUGACAGAUGGUUUGGGGAUUAAAAGUCGUCUGGAGAAAGCCCGCCAGAGAAAAUUCCCUUUGAAGCCCCAUAUAAAAAUAUGUGUAUGAGAGAAAGUGUUUUAUCUGACUUCUGACAGUGGCUAAAACUUUGAACUGUCAGGAGUAUCCAAAAUUAACACUGCCUUGUAGGGAAUUCUGUGGUAAUUUUUUUGAGCACAGGAUAAAAUACUUGAGUCUUACUUAAAUGUUACCUUCUCAUUGAGGCUUUGUAUGACUAAAUAAAAUCUGUAUAAUCCCCA